AUGCACAAUAUAAAGGAUCCCACUGCAUCCGCAGAAGGCGUGGAAGAGGUCCGUGCUCUUGAAGAUGCGUGUUUACUCUUAAGGAGGAAAGGUGAUAUGAGCAAUGAAGCAGCCACUCAGGUCUUGAACCUGCUUGCUAAGAUCCCGCUGUCAUACACGUUUUGGAAUUACCGUCGCGACUUUCUCUCCUCCCAUCAAUCUGCAGAUAAUGAACUUACCCUUCUAGUUCGAGAGCACCAUAUAACAGCAAAGGCCUUGGAGAAGAAUCCAAAGAUCUACCCUGUGUGGGAGCACCGGGCGUUUGUUUUCCACAGACUACUUGCGCUUGCAGACGACCCCGAGAUGGUAGAAAAACUUAAGAAAGAGGAGCAUUAUUUUAUUGCAGCGAAGCUGAGCGAAGAUCCGAGAAACUUUCAUGUCUGGAAUUAUCAGCGAAACCUCUUUGACCGCGUGGAUCUUUCCUUUCUGUAUGCACUUCUCAACAAGGACUGCUCUAAUCAUAGUGCUCUUCAUCAGCUGGCUCUUGAGCUUCACAAGAUGCGCUCGGAAGCAUCUGAUGCUGGCAACACCAUGUUUGACCAUGAAGUGCAGAGGUGCCUCGACUUCUUGCGACUCUCGCUAUUACUUGAUCCCAAUUCGGAAUCAUUGUGGCAGUUCUUGAUAAAGAUGGUUGACAUACUCCCUCCAGAGGUGCUGCAAGAGCUCGUUGAGUAUGUCAUUUUAUCCCUUGAACAGGAUGGGUGUUCAUUUCUCCCUCCCCAUAAGCAAUUGGAUGCACCUUCUGCAAAUCAGAUCAAGGAUGUGUACAUCAGACCGCCAGCAUCAUACCUUCUUCUGGCGUCGGAAGACCACAUCAAGGGGGACAUAGAUAAGUGCAAAGCUUAUGCAGAGUAUUGCCUCUUUCACGAUACCUUCAGGAAGGAAAUGUAUAAUAUGCUGCUUCAAACAAUCGUCCACAAUUCUGGGCAGUCAUGA